UAUAUUAUAGAUUUUUAAAGUUAGCAACACUAACUGGAAACCCUCUAUAUGGGUUUAUGACUUCACUGGGAAGUGGGAACUGCCACUUUAUGUGAAGCACAAGGGGAAAAACCUUUUCUUAUGGUUUUUUUUCUAAGUUUCUCGCCAAAAGCCUCGAUGCAUCACUCCUGGUUCCUUGGUCCUGGGCUGGCCUUUACUCUACUGUGUUCAUCUCCUGCUAGUGCUGUGUUGUGGUGUGCUGUAUAGUCUAAUGUGAAUUGUGUGUGCAUCAUGAGCACCAGUAGAGUGUGGAAAUAUUUCAGAAAACUGGAAAAAGACAGUAAAAGUGUGAAGUGCAAUUUAUGUUUUAAAACAUAUCGCAGCUCAGGAACAACUACGAACUUAUUUGCACAUCUUAAAAGUAAGCAUAUUAAUGCUUAUAAUGAGUGUGCUGGAGAGUAAGAAGCUGAAGCAAACUGUUCUUUUAACAGAGGUAAGUUUUCAAAUUAUUGUUUGUUUAAUAUUGCGCCGAACAACUGAUUUAUACAUCAACCUUGCAUUGUUAAAUUUUUUAAAAUAAUAAUUUGUCAUUGAUUAAAAUGAGUUUUGCAUGCACAUAAUUUAUUACAAAUUUACAAAUAUGUACCUGGGAUGUGUUACUUCAGUUAUUUAGCGUACCUAGUACAGUUGCCUAAAAUAAAUGCUUUUUACUAUGAUUAAAUUUUUCAUUGUAUUACAGUAUAUAGAAAAAUCACCUCUUCAUUCUUAGACAUACGUAAUACACAUUGUUCUUUACGCAUUUUCUGUGACUUAGGCCUAACCCGGUACAACCAUGAGGAAAAGUUUGAUUUAUGUUUAUUUUACAGCGUAUUUUCAGAUCCUUAAAAAAAUCAUUACUAUCGUCAUAUAGUUUAAUCAAAAUGCUCAGAUAGAAUUUUAUAUUAGUUAUUGAAUACUAAAGCUUCAAUACGUCCUGUGGGAAGUAUGUUUACAGGUUAGCUCACAAUACAAACAAAAUUUAUCAAUGCAAAUGUUAAUUUUACUUGAGUUUGUGACUUGGUUUUAAAAUGCAUCUACAUCAAUUAAUUAAACAUUAUGCCAUUAUUUAAUUUAAAUAAUUUAUAAAGGUCUGCUGGAACAAAUACAAACAUUGCAGGUUGCAGGACAACAGUGUAAAUUUAUGAUGCAGAAAAAAUGCAGUGUGUUUUAGCACCAUUUUAUUAUUUUGUUUUAUAUUACCUCUACUUGAACACUAAAACUUAUUUAAAAGUAUUUUCCUCGAAACUUAAGUUAUCCAAUAUGUCAACAUAUAUAACAUAUAUCACUUUACACAGACUGUCCACUUAAAAAAAAACUCUUCCAUACAAAUUACAUGUAAAACUAUGGGUAAAAAUAUGUCCUCAGGUGUAGUUACAUCCUCAAACUUAUCGGAAAUGAAUAUAUGCUGUCAAUAAAAUUAUAUUGUAUUUUAUUUUAUUUAUAUUGUAUUUUAAUUAAAAGUUUUAUUCAUAAAAAACAAAUAUUAAGAAUUGUCCUAAAAAAUCAGCCUAACAUACUGUUAAUCAACCACUUUACAGUGAAAUGCAUUAUGUUAUGGUGCUUAAAUAAAUAAUGACAUAACUUACAUGAUCUGUGCAUCAUAUGAUACCUACCGUACACAAUGAUGGGACAUUGUUAAAAAUAAUUUUAUUUACGUAAGACUUGCUUCUGUAUUCUAUUUUGCGGAUAUGGUACAGCCAAGUGGCGUACAAGUAAAAUAUUUGUAAUCAUGUGUGUCAACAAAUAAAAUGACAAGAUCCCAUAUUCGUUCCAGAUAAUACAUAAGUAUUACAAUUUGCUGUAAUAUUGCUAUCAUUCCUGACCAUCAACCAAGAUUCAAAAAGCAUUACAAAAGAUUUAUUCUUUGUAUUUAUAGUACUGCCGUCGUCCGGGGUCUAGGGCUCGAGUCCCGGUGCGGCUCCUAGCGGGAAUGGCUGUUGUAGAUGCGUUGUUUCCGGGUGGGCGCCGGACUAGUUCUGUUUCCAGUCGAUAGGUGGGUCAUGGGGUCGGUUGCCCUGCGUGGCCCACUAGGACCGUCGGCGGUGUUGCGUGGGUAUGAGGAAUUCCCUACUUGGCUGUGGUUGGGAGUCGUAUGGUUAAUUGAGUAGGCGCUGAAGUAGUGCAACAAAUGGCAUUCGUCGUUUAUUCAUGCUUGGGGUAAUACCGUUGAUUACACACCACGUCGUACAGAGGGGGAUGUCACACAAUACAGAAAUUACACAAUUACACAAAGUUAGUUUAAAAGUUACGUAAUAACGGCGUGGCACAAGUUUACAAAAAACGUUAUGUGAUGGUGCGUUGCACAAAGUUUAUUCAAUAACGCUCCAGGUUCGAGGCGUCGCACAUUACUAAAUGUUACGUCUUAACGUGGCACUAGGCGAUUCUGAGCCUGUUAAUACAAAAGCGGGGUGUGGGCGAUUAGAGGCGGCCAAUCCCGUAUAUCAAUGUCUCGAGGCGGUGUUCGCGUCCACUGUAGUGGAGCGCGGACCGCAGCUAAAUCAGUCCAAGUUCCCUUACGGGGGGUGUCAGCGCCGGAGCGACUGGUUUUAGUUUAAGUUCUGUGGUUCGGGAGGCGGCCCGUGCCGUAUACUGGAAAACUACCCCACAGACCAAGUGUGGUGCAGGGGGUUUUAAAAGUUAUGCGGCCGGAUUAAAUCCUGGACCGAAAAUUGGACCGGGUGCACACGGAGAGAUAAGUAAAAAGAGGUUUUGAGGAAGUGACCAUAAUUACCAGUGGUGAACUCAAUGCAGACAAUGGGUGAUGUCUCUCCGUGGGACGUGCGUCCGCCCCGGUCCAUGAGUCGCGCUGUACUGUCUGAUGUCAUGGCGUCCGGCCGAGGCUCGGUGUCCCUCGCGCCAGGGUUGACCUCAUUAAGUUAUUUUCUAAUCUAACACGUUCACAAGAGAUUUUAAGGGUGCUAAUUUCCUACAUUAAUUAUCAAAGCUAAAUUUACCUUACUUGCCCCUUCUACAAUUUAGAGAUUAGUAUUUUUACGAAUUAUGUUCUUUAAUUUAUAUGUCACACCAGAGACUGUUCGUCUCUUGUCGGGCUGCUCUGGUGUGGGUUAAUAACGAACACAAGGGUCAUAUAAUUACGUCACAUGGAUUACUUAAUUAAUCCAGGCAGAAGGCCGCUAGGGGAACACUCACAUGCAUGUCGGGACAUUUACACACGUGAGUGCCCGGGCACUCCUACGUCGCACCUUGAUUAAACGGGCGUUUAAAUUUUACGUAAUAUUGUUUAUGUUCUGUGUGUGUUUUUAGCAACGUGGUCGGCUGUAAUGUUGUUCUGUUUAUUAUCGGGCCGGGCUCUACCUUGGUUGUUGGUGGCUCGCCUGACUCGGGUGGGCCAUGGCUAGGGCCGCGUUUCGUUAGCGGGGUUGGAUACUGGCGGUUGCAGGUCGGGCUUUGGGGUGGCCUUCGGUCGGACGACGUCAGUACAUUAUCAUUAAUAUUUAUAUAUUUGGUGGUGCAAACAUCUUUCCUAGAAGUUUUUUUCCGAAUUUCAUUUGAAACAUUUAAAGCAGCAUACAGUAUUUGUGAUUGUUUAAAAAUCCCUAAUCAGAGGUGAAUUUGAAUGUGAUAUGAGAUAUAUAUUAAUUUAUGAUACCGCAUAGGAACUAUGUUCAGAUUAUUUCGUUUUUGUAAAAAUAUAACAUGUUUCACCUCUUAAUGGACGAAAUUGUAUGUUACAACCAUAAAUUUAUUAAAACAGCCUACAUUUUCCCCCCUGAAAUGCAAGAGUUACUUAUUCAAGUUUGCUAUGUUUUUUUUGUCAGGAUAUUGCUGACGUUGACGAGAUAGAAGUUGAAAACUCUGGCAGCCGUACAUGUUCACAUAGCCUUGCAAAUAUAGCAAGCAUCAGCUCAUCUAUGCAAGAGGACACGUGUACAAGUUCAUCUUCUAAAAUAAGUGAUGACACUGACAGCAGUGUCGUUAUCCAACAGAAGAAACAAACUACUUUCACAAAUUACCUGAAACGAAGAUCAAGCUUUGAAUUUGGUGGAGUAAAAGAUGCAGCCAUCACACAAGUUUUGACAUACAUGAUCUGUAAGGAUAAUCUUCCUCUUUCUACUGUGGACAAAACUGGUUUUCAAAAGUUUAUGAAAAUUGUAUGUCCUCUUUACAAGAUUCCAUCCCGACCCACCAUCACCAAAUUACUGGAAAAUCAGUACUUUUCUAUCAAGCAAAUUAUCAUAAGUAAAUUAGCAACAGCUAAGUAUGUUGCCAUCACGGCUGACAUGUACAGUACUGAAUUCUACUAGAAGUUUCCUUGUGAUAACUGCACACUUUGUCGAUGAGUCUGAUUCCACUUUCCAAUGUGUUUGCCUAGGAUCAAUUCAAAUGACCCAGAGCCACACCGGCGAGCACAUUGCAGAAGAGCUAGCAAAGUCAAUCAAACAGUUUGGGAUAGAAAAAGGAAGGAUAGUGUCAGUUACCACAGAUGGAGCUUCGAACAUGACAAAAGCUGCAGAUAUGUUCCUUUCCGCCCAACAAAGAAUAGUGUGCUUUGCACAUAUUCUUAACCUAUUAGUUCAGGGUGCAUUGUCAGCAACAAAAGAUUUUGAAAAAAAUUCUGACUCAGGUGAAGAGAAUUGUGACAUACUUAAACACAGUGUCUUAGCAAUGGAUGCACUGCGAGAACAACAGAAGAAAAUGGGAAAAUCUGAGGGCUCUUAUCUCUAUUUGUCCCAAGACAUUGAAACUAGGUGGAAUUCCACCCAUGACAUGUUAAAUAAGUUUCAAAAACUUUCUCCAGUUGUUGCGCAAAUUCUUGCAAGUGUAACCCAUAAAGAUGGACCCCAGAUGCUAGCAGGAGCCCACCUGGAAGUGGUGUCCGAAGUCAUUCAGGUUCUUAACCCAUUUAAAGAAGCCACAAGAGAAAUCUCUGGUGAUAAAUAUAUCACAGGGAGUACUGUUCUGCCAAUUGUACACUGUAUAAAUGAAUCGUUGAAGGAAAUAAAAUCCAAGACCAAGACAACCAUUGCAACAAACCUUAUAGUGCAACUAGAAGAUGGAAUUCAAAAACGUCUUUUGCCUUUAGAAAACAAUGUUUUGCUUUGCAUUGCCACAGUUCUCGACCCCCGUUUUAAAAGACUGUAUACUUUUUCGCCUGUUUCUAAUGCAGCUGCAAUAACAAAGCUGUGCCAAGAUAUUAAAGAUGAGACACUCAGGCUAGGUAUACCCUCUGUGGAACCAGAUGAAGGCAAUCUGUUACCACUUCAACACCAGCUGACAAAAGAUUCUAUUUGGGACAAGCAUGAAGAGAGAAUAAAAAAAAAUUGUGAAACCUCGAUUGUAGACUCACAGUCACAGGGUACAGUCCCUCUUGAGCUCAAACUGUAUUUUAGUACCUCUUGUAUUCAAAGAAACAGUGAACCUGUUAAAUUUUGGACAAGCAGGAUAACAAGUACACCUGCUCUGGCCAAUACAGCACUUAAGUACUUGACAGUUGUAGGUUCGUCAGUUGCCUCAGAAAGAGCUGUCUCAGCUGUGAAUCAUGUUUUGAGCGAAAGACGAAGCCGUCUGACUUCAGAGCAUGUAAAUGAAAGAUUGUUUUUGGUAUGUGUCGAUGACAAAUAUUGGUGAAGUAAACUUAUGUGUUAAAGGAGAGUUAUGAUUUAACACUUGUAUUAGGUUUGUACAUACAAGUUAUAAUCGGGUGUUCUUAAUUUAUUUGGUUGUAACCACAUUUGGAAUUGUGUUUUUGGCAGUUUUGUUGCAUAAAGAUAUACAGCAAAUCUCAAUCUAGAUUGUCGGUCAUGUUUAAUCAAUAUUGCAAAUUUUGUUACUUUAGUGUUGUUUUAAUUUACUUAAUGUGUUUUAAACAAACCAUUGAAAUUGAUAUGUCAUAGUUGGUUAAGACCUAUUUGUGUUCAAUGUGGUGUUAUACUACUGAUAAGUUUUUUUUAAAUAUUAUAUGAGCACGAAACUUAAAAAUGAGUUGACCCCUACAAAAAAUAAUUUGACCUUGUUUUUAAAUUAUGGGACAGUUUUGUGUAUUUUGUAGAGUAUUGUAUUC